AACUUCCAACCGUAACAAUACAUCGAAAAGCUACAGCGAAUUGUAAAGAUGAACAAACUGCUCGCAACAACCUUCCUGGUGGCCAUGCUUCUAGUGAGCAUCACUUUGGCCGACCAUCACAAGCCAGACGAGAAGCUUGUUCCGAUCGACAACGUGGCUUCCGAGCUGAAGAUGCCUGGACUGGAAUCCAUUCUGGACGGUCUACGUGUACGUCGUGCGGCCCAAGGACAGGGCAACGGAGGACGCCGUGGACAAUCGGGCGAUGGACAGGGGAACCAGCGGGGUGGGCAAAGCGGACAGAGUGGCGGUGGCCAGAGCGGACAGAAUAGCGGUGGAAACUAGAUUCUCCCCGGUUCCCCCCGAUGGAGAGUUGUUUGAUGGAGUAUGA